AUGUCUAUGUCGUCAAGAGGCCGAACCUCAGCAUCGGCAAGGAAUUCGCAAGAGAGUGGUAUAAGUUCGCGAAAGUCUACUCAUGAGGAACUUGUUGCGGCAUCUCAUGCUGUGGAGCAGGAACUUAAUGUUGUCAAGGCCCUCAAAAGAUUGAGUAUAGGUAACAGCUUCAAUUAUGACCCAGAUCUUCCUCCAGAUGAAUCUGACCUGAUAGACCUCAACGCAUAUAUUGAUUUGAACAGAAGCCCUACGCAAAGGUCUGUUGCAUCCACAUCUAGUGCCUCGUCUUCUUCUUCUAAAUCAUCAGCAUCAUACAAAAGGUCUAGUUUAUGUGAAGAGCAGCAUGUAGAUAUGGGAGGACAGUAUGACCACGGUGAUGACCAAACACAAGAGUCAUUUGAUGAUAAGGAAAAUAAAAGAGAAGCGCAAGAGCUAACAAGAAGUAAAUUAGAACGGAACGCUCUGUCUAAAGAAAAAUUGCGUCGUGAUCAAGAAAGUGAAGUAGAUGCAGAGGAUGUUAUAUUGGAAUCAAACAAAUUGAUGUGGGUUCCGGCAACUGCACACCCAAAAUUAGCACCUGAAAACUUCAGAAAGUAUGUACAAGAAACAGUGCAAGAGAUUACCACAAAGCUGGAUAAGACACGCUCUAAGCGGUCUUCUUUGUCUCAGGAAUCAGCGAAUGGGGAUAAUAGUACUGGUGAAAACAGGAAUGUGGACAGAACCUCAGAUAAUAGUUCUAGGCGGACUUCUUCUUCUUCUACAAGCUCGUCAAGAAAGUCUCGUCAGCCUUCAUUGAAAGAGCUGAGUACGGAGCUUGAGAUUUGUCUCAUUUGGCUGGAAUGGAUUCCACUGAUGCAGUUACCUUAG